AUGGAGAAAAAAAUUGGUAAAGAAAAUGAUACUGGAAGCCAAACAUCCUCUCAGAAGGCAAAUUCUCUACCAAGGGAAGGACCUCCAGCAGAGGAAAAUGAAGAUGCAACCCUCAUUGUGCAGCAAGAGGAACAUGAUGUUACUGAUGAAGAUAUUUCGGCUUUAAAAAAAUUGAAGGAUGGAAAAUUAACAAUUGACAAGAAAUUAAAAUUAGAAAUUAAUGUAAAAAUAGAAGAAAUUGAAAAGAAAAUGAUAGGAAUUCUGAACGGAUAUAAAACAGUUGGAGAAAAGAAAGGACAGAUAGGUAAAUGGAAGGUAAUCCUUGAUGAUUGGGAAAAAGAUGCGAGAAAAUCCUUUGAAAAGAAAAUAGAAAUAAAAAAAGAUGAAGAAGGUCACAAGAAGUUGCUUGAAUAUAAACCGCGUGUAUUUGAAUUCCUUAAAGUAAUUAAUUAA